AAAACCCUAACCGCUAUCUCUUGAACUCAGAACGGACAACUCCCAAAGACAGCCUCACGGCCGCAGCGUCCCAUUCUCUUUAUCACGAUCCUUUCGGUCCCAUCCUCGCCUCCAGCCCGCCGCUCGCUGUCCAGGCUCGUUGACUCCCGCUGAUCCCGUCCUCGCCCCCAGCCGUCCGCUCAUCUGAGCUAUGGCAAUGAACCACAUAAAAUCAUUGAGAGUUAUCAUGAUUGCUAAGGAGGCAGUUAGGACAGUGGACCAACGAACAUUUGCUACUGGGACUGGCAAAGCCAAAAAGGGUGGCAAAGGAGGAGCAGCAGCUGAUGCUCCAAAAUCUACACUUAGCAAAGAGAUUAAGUCUACUACUGUAUUUGGUGCCAAUAUUCUCAAGGAUGGAGCAGAUCCGAAAAUCUUGCCAGAUUCUGAAUACCCUGAUUGGCUGUGGCAUCUUCUUGAUAAACGGCCUGCAUUGAGUGCGCUAAGGAGGGAAAAAAUUGAAAUUCUCCCCUAUGAAGAUCUCAAACGCUUUGUCAAGCUGGACAACCGUGCAAGAAUCAAGGAAAAUAACUCUGUUAAGGCCAAGAAUUGACAUAAAGCAAUUUGUAAGAGGCAUUGUCUUUUGCUUUUGUUUAAGAGAUCCUUUUUGUCUAGGGUCCUUUAUGUGAUUGAGUUGCACUGUGAAAUGAUGAAAUGGGAUUUGAGGGAAUGCAGAAAUGAUUUGGUAUAUACCCGUAGUUUCAGGUGCCACCCUUUUUUAAUUAAACUCUUUUGCUUUCUCCUUUGGGCUCCAUAUUCUGUUUAGAAUAGUAUAAUGAUGGUGCUUAUGGUGAUAGCAGUUUUGGUUUGUUGGCUUGACUCCUCUGUGCACCUCACUAAUAAAAGGAAAGAAAUUAUAUCAA